UUUUUUAUUUUUUAAAUCGUCUUUAUAAAUAUAAAUCUUCUAUAUUUGUUUUUAUUGUAUAAAUUCUAAUAUAUACAAUUACAAUAUAUAAAAUAUAUACAAUAUACAAUAUACUAACAAUAUGUAUAAAUAAAUUUAAUUUUUUAAUUUUAAAUUUUAAAUUUAAUUUAUAUUUAAAUCCAUUUUUAUAAAAGAUAUAAUUUUAUUAUAAAAAAAUAUACAUUUUAUAUAAAAUUUUUUUAUCGACAAUCUUUCCUACAAUCGAUAAAGAAAAUCAUAAUAAAAAAACUAAUAACUUUUAAUAAUAAUUUGAGUAAAAAAAUAAUCAUUUUAAAAAAUAAAAUUACAUCAUAAUUUAAAAAAUAAAAUUAAAUUAUUUAUAGUUUUUUUAUACAAUAUUAUUGAUCAAUUACACGUUAAUAAUAAUCAAUAAAUAAUAAUUUUUACGUAUUUUCUUUAAUGAAAAAACUAUAAUUAAUUUAUUUUAUCAAUAAAUAAUUUUCAUUAAAUAUUCUAUAAAACAUCUUAACUUUUGUCAAAAAUUCAGAAAAAAAAUAAGAACUAUCAGCGUUGAUUCGUAGAAUCAUACCAGGCGUCGCCCCAACUGCAUAGGUUGCAUGAUGUUGAUGGGCCCAGCAAAGCAGUCGGAUGCUGUUGCUUGAACAGUGCAGUUGUUGUUGGGGGGAGUUAUUUCGAUCGCACGUUUCUCGUCCCUUUCUCUUUGAUCUGAUGUCACACUCUUAGCUUAGAUAUUUUUUGAGUUGGAACGUUUAUACCGGCUUCGCCAUCGCAACAUAACACAUAUGAUUGCCUGUAACUGUUUGUCUCUAUAUGUUUCUCCCUUACGAAACGACUUAAACACUCUGCAGCAUUGUAUGACGUAUUCUCGAAGUGGAGAGACUUCGUGAUUAGCGAGCCGUGUUAUCGAGUAAACGUGAAUUAACACAAGUUUCGGUAUACGAGUAUACAUCGUCUCCCGGUGAAAGAGACGUGGAAGUCGAGCAUCGUGUGUCACAAUGCACAUCGUCCUGUACUUUUUGUGACUGAACGUGAUCGGGAUAAUUCGUGGUGUAACUGCACACUAGGUUGGACUGCGUCGACAACAGGGCCGAAAAAUUGUGCGCGACAUUUUUGCUAACAACUCGGCACCGGAGAUGUCAUACUAAAAAGAUUUACGAGGUUGAUCGAGAGGGAGGGGUCGAAACUGGGCGGAAUGAUGCCCAGAUCCUGAUCGCGGAGCAUCACGGGCCCCGUAGGGGUGGGGAGGUGGACGGAAGAAGAAGACGGUAGAAGAACGGCCGGCAGCCGCCGUCGGCCACGACCUCGACGAGACCUGCCCCGUGGUCCUGGAGGGGGUGGUGGUGGAGAAUGAGCAUGUUGAGCAUAUUGCGUAGAAAUUGGGCACUACGGGUGUCGGUGGUGCUCAAUAUCUGCGUGUUGCUCUACGUAUGCGCCCAUUACGGCUCCUCCGGGCCCUGGAUCGAGGAGCCGCCGACCAACUGGGCGGCGCCGCUGCAAUCGGAGACGUUCGGCGGCGUUGAGCCGGUGAACGGCACCCAGAAGGGCGCCGCCACCUCGUCAGCUGUGCCCACGACCAAGGAGGGCGCGGGCAAGGGCGCCCGUAACGGCAACAAGACCGGCCAGAUAAGGGCGAGGCAUCUCGUUACGAGGCCGACGACCAACGACGAGGCCAGGCCUGACCCCGUCCACGGAGCUGAAUCGCGCAGGCGUAAUCAGACGGUGAAGAGCGACGCGCCUGUGAUUCAGCCAACGAUGAGCCUAAAGGAAGCUGUGCCGUGCAACGAAAAGUCGAUGGAACCAAGAAGGGCGCAACGGGGUGAUUACUGGGUCCUGUACAAUUAUGUGCCUAUGAGCAUGGCGGUGAGAUGCUGGGAGAGUGUGACGUACACCACGCACGCAGAUUACACGUUUCUGGAUAAUCUGGAACCGUUGCUGGAGCGAUGGAGGGCCCCGAUAUCGAUUGCGAUGCACGCCCCUGGAACAGACUUUGCGGCGACUCUCGACGCCAUCAAGUACUCGAGAAACUGUGGCAGCCCACUGGUCUCCCAGCUGGUCACCUUCCAUGUAUUCUUCAGUAGCAAACACGUGCCAAAAGUGGUACCCCCAACCGAGAAAGUUAUAUCCGACACGUAUAACUGCACGCUUGGACCACCAUGGAUAAACGUUACGCUUUCGAAGAUGUAUAAAAACGAGAAGAAAUUGCUAUACCCUGUGAACGUAGGCCGUAAUAUAGCGCGUGAAUCGGCGCCGACGUUCUAUGUGUUCGCCAGCGAUAUCGAGCUUUAUCCGAAUCCAGAUUUGCCGGCAAAGUUCCUCGAGAUGAUCAGAAGGAGAGACCAGCCCGCCCUCUAUAAGCCUAAUCCCAAAGUUUUUGUACUAUCCAUCUUUGAGGUGGACGAGAAGAGUCAACCGCCUAACAAUAAAACACAUUUGGUUCAGAUGUUGAAGGCUGGUACGGCUAUCCCUUUCCAUAAAAAAUUGUGUUCUGGUUGUCACAACGUUCCUCGAAGUAAAGAGUGGCAAGAAGCACCGGAAACCGAGGAUCUUCACGUGUUUCAUGUCGGCAAAAGGACUGGCAGUUUCGUUCACUGGGAGCCGAUUUUCAUCGGGACCAAUAAUGAUCCUCUGUACGAUGAGAGGCUUAGCUGGGAGGGGAAAAGCGACAAAAUGACACAGGGUUACGCGUUGUGCGUUCUCGAUUAUGAUUUUCUCAUCUUGGACAAUGCAUUCCUGGUCCAUCGGCCGGGCAUUAAAAUCUUCAAGAAGGACCCUCACCGUGAAAUGUUGACAGUUAAGACAAACGCAUUGAUAAGAAAGAUCAUCGUUCCAGAAUUGAAGAUCCUUUAUGGGAUACGAAAAGGUUGUGCCGUGUAGCCCGUAGUGAAACGAGCACAACGUGUGCUCCACAGGUGUAUUCCGAUCAAGUGGCAGCACCUGAAAUCAUUUUUGACACCUGAAAUAUCUGAAGCUCGGCGUAAGAUCAAUGGCGCUCGCAAUGCCCAAAAAUUUGGUUUAAUCGCACAUGGAGAUCAUGUUCAUCCGCCAUUUCUGAGCAUUUUCGGUGUCGAGACUAACCUAAAGAACGUUCAUUGCGAUUAAAAAAUGUCGACGGUUAAAAAUGAUGCCAAUUGAAUGGUGCCGAAAAUAAUAGUUUGUUGGUUAGGUUCUAAAGGAUAACCUUGCAAAAGUUUCAGCAAACUUCUCCUAUGAUCGUUAGUUCCUGUAAUUCCUCUUCAUUUCUCAUCAAGCUGACUUCUUCAUCUUCUUUGCAGUACAAAAGUGUGAUGGCAGCAUAAAAAGAAAAGAAAGGGAAUACUGACAUAAAAUGGGAAUCAAUUUAUUGAGAGAUUCAAAAUCGGUAGUAUAGAAAAUGCUUUUCGUGAUAAUCAUACGUAGUUGUUUUCAUUCUAAAAGAAUCAUGUUGCGUAUAUUUUUCACCUGAGAAUGUUAGGAUGAACAAUUGUACAUAUUAGCGUUUUAAAACGGUGCCUCGUAUAUACUUGUACAUUUACAAGAAUGCUGAAUGGUUUGUCGAUGAACACGUGCAUUUUUGUCUCAUUCUACAACUUCCCCGAAGAGGAAACAAUAAUGUAUCUAACGCGAACGACUGUGGUCAUAGAAAUAUGCCAAAAAGGUACACUGCUCAAGUUAAUUAAGGGAAUAUAGUGUUUGGAAAAUAAAAAAAAAAGUUCUUCAUUUUUUUUAUUAUUAUUUAAAGCAGUGCACAUAUAUUAAUAAAUCAAAACUCUGUAACUCACAAAUUUGGAUUAAAA